GCGUAUCUAAUCGUUCCGUUCAGUUUGUUCUCGUCGUUCGGAAGGUUUGCGUCUUAAAUCGCGUUUGAGUCGCCGUUGUCAGCUUGGUCGGGUGGUGCAUUGUGCAAUACUUACUGAUUAGUUACCAAACCAGCAGAAGAUACCGUUACCAAAUCAAAACAAAAAGAUCACAAAAUGUGGGCGUCACCAUUCUCUUGGACCCUUGUGGUGUUAGUUUCAAUAGAAUCUGUUCGAUCACUUGAUCUACCCGAAUACCUGCACGUGUGCCACAAAGAGGACCCAAAGUUGACCGAAUGUAUGAAGGAAUCGAUUGAAACGCUGCGACCUUACCUGGCACGGGGCAUUCCGGAGCUGGACAUACCCGCCAUCGAACCCAUCAACCUGGGGGACCUAAUUGUGGCAGAAAGUGUACCCGGUCAGGGCAUCAGCAUUACGGCCAAGGACAUCAAAGCCUACGGCCCGUCCAACUAUCGUCUGAAGAAGCUUAAUGUGGUUGAGUACGGCAAAGUUUAUACUUUCGAGUUGGAGCUUCCUCAGUUGUACGUCGAAGGACGAUACGUAGUGGAUGGUAGAAUUCUUCUACUGCCAGUGAAGGGCGCCGGCAAAUUCACCGGAAACUUCACGCAAGGAUUCGGCAACGUGCGCAUCAAGGGAGACCGAAAAGUGAUCAACGGCAGGAAUCACCUCUCGCUUGCCAAGUUGGACAUCAAGAUCAAGGUCGGCGACGGGAAAAUCAAGCUGGAAAACCUGUUCGGUGGGGAUCGCGUGCUAGGUGAAAUAAUUAACCAAACGAUCAACCAGAACUUUUCCCUUCUGAGCCACGAGCUGAUCCCACUGAUCGAAAAGGCCCUCCAGAGGAUAUUCAAGCGGACGGGGAACAAAAUUCUGGAACGAUUCCCAGAGGAGGUGUUAUUCCCAUAAUGUUUGGGACAUUCCUGCUCAGUCAGAGCGAUUUUAGAGUAAGCGACAAAAAAAUACUUUCAAACAAAAAUGAUUGUAGGUUGCAGAGGGAAAUCUAAAUCAAAACGCUAAGUUUAACUUUAGCAAAAUGGUGAUCAACUUAUUAACUAUUGCAUACAUUAUGGCACAGAGCGGUAAACAUAUCGCGAUGAGAAACGCUUCCGAGAGGUGUAAAUACUGUUAAAAUUGUAACAUUUUUAUUUAAUAAAUUGAAUAUUGAAAACACAAA